AUGUCUCCAUUUGACCAAAUUCUCACCAAAGACGAGACGACCCCUCUGGGCAUUCACGGUAGAAGGUCUGCUUCAAUCCAUGGAUGGAUCUUUGAGGUUAGUCAUGCGAUACAGGACAGACCUCUGUCUCCAUUGGAUACUUCUGACGAGCCGAAAUCCCCAAGCUCAUUGACAGUUGAAAUUCAGUUCCAAGAUCUGAUGGCAGAGUACGCAGAAGUACGAGAGAGGAAGGAGAAGCUCGAAGACAAGAUCGCAGACCUAUAUCACACUCAUCAGAAAAACGGUGACACCACGUUUCCUGCAUCUUGGUCCCCAUCUGCUUUCACCAGCAUGACUGAAAGACCAGAAGCAUCUAAUCACAAAGGUAAGUCUACGGCUGCAAAGAAACAAGAGCUCCCCUCGACUUCCAGUGACUAUAAGGAGUACUCGCCUGCUGAUCAAGUCCAAGAGAAGGUGAAAGACCGCAAACCUAGGAAGCCCAAGACUGAGGAGGAAAAGAACCGUCACAUCAACAAGGUUCUUAUACGAAAUUGCCUUUGA